CUGGCACCAUCCAUUGUGAGGGUUGAUGUCACCCUACAGCAGCCUUUUGCAACGGCCUGCGAGUGGAUGAUAUGCACCCAUGCGCAGCCCAAGCCCGGCCAGGCGUGAGCGCCCGUCCAUUCGGGAGCCUCUUCAGGUGGUCGUGCGCAUUCGACCCUUGGUCGGCUCAGCUGCCGAAUCAGGCGCCUGGCGUCUGGAGCAGCGGGAUGGGCAGCACUGGGUCUGCCAUCAACCUCAGGGUGAGAAGUUGGAACGUGGAGUCUUCCCGUUCGACCAGUGUUUCGAUGGCAAGGCGACAAACAAAGAGCUCUUUGACAAGGCUGCAAAGAAGCUGGUUCAGGCCGCGGUGGCUGGCUCGAACGCCUCCAUCCUCGCCUACGGCCAGACCAGCUCCGGCAAGACCCACUCAGUGCUUGGCACCCCCUACGAGCCCGGCAUUUUGCCCUUGGCUGUGGAGGAGAUCUUCGGCUUCCGAGACGACGGUCUGCAAGUCCUCGGCAAGCAAGCAAAGCUCUCCUACUUUGAGAUCUUCAACGAGAAGGUCAUCGACCUACUGGCACACGGCCCGAGCCAGGCCACGUCGUCUCUUCCAGUCAAGGAGGAUGCAGGCCGGGGCUUCUAUGUGCAGGGCUUGCGGGAAGCGCCUGUUCGCAGUGCCGAGGACGUGCUGCGGCUCGUUGCACGGGGUGAGGAGCGCAGGCGUUAUGCACGGACCAGAUGGAACGACUACAGUAGCCGCUCCCAUGCCAUCUUCAGCCUUUGCUUCGAGGGUGCAAGCUCGGCAUGGGAGGCUACCAGGCGCACGAAGCUGAACAUCGUAGACCUUGCAGGCUGCGAGAAUCACAAGCACGAGGCGUCUGAGGACGGACGGCACAUCAAUCGGAGCCUCUUCUUCCUGGGAGAGGUCAUCUCCCGCUUGUGCAAGGAUGGCCGCCGCGAUGGUUUGUCGCAGCGAUCGCUGUCUGACACACGAAGGCGGCAGGACUCUGCCCCGAACUCCGGCAUAAGCACGCCUCGGCACAGUGCGAGGCUUCGAGACGCGAGGACGCCGCCCCGCCGAGAGAAGAACGCAGACUUCAUUCCUUACCGAGACUCCAAGCUUACCAGGGUUCUCCGCUCCUCCCUGGGCGGCGAUGCUUUGACGCUGCUGCUGGUGACGGUCCAUCCCUCGCCAAGCUUUGCCGAGCAGUCUUUGACUUCGCUCCGCUUCGCCACCAAAGCGCGCAGUGUCGACAACUUCAUCCCAUCUGGCUUGGACUCGGCCAGGAGCAAUGAGGACCGCAGCUUCUCAGUUUGCGAUGCCGCGCGGAUCAUCGAGGGCCUGCAAGAGAAGCUCCGACGCUUGGAGCGGCCGAAGGCUUCGCAACCAGGCGUGCCUGAUGCGUACCGCGGCCGGAGAAGUCAGGCGCAGGAAGAAUUGCACGAGGAGCUCCAGAAGCUCCGGCUGGAGCUGAGGGCCAAGGAACGGGAGCUCGCCGCCAAGGCGCAGCUCCUUUCCGAGCGGGACCGGCAGCUCGGCCAGCUCAAAGAACAGCUGCACCUGGCCACUCGCUUUGAGCAUAGGAUCGACCUUCCCUCCGAACCUGUGUCAAGGCAUGAGGACAGCCUGCAGGUUGACGCCUGGCCGCAUGACGCAGGACGGUCCUAUGCUGACCAGGAGGGCGACCUGGCUGAUGGCAGAGCCGAUAGUCACAGCCGGUCCCUCUCGCUCGUCUCAAGAGCGGAGGACAUCCCUUGCUUGCGCUCCAGCAGCUUCGUGACGCGGCAGCAGAACCUGCCGGAGGAGGGCUCCAGCGUUUCUGGUGGAGAGACUCAAGAGGAGCUGGUGGAGAAGUUGGUACGGCUCGCGGUGAUGCAGAUCUCCGCGUCCAAGGACUCCGGCACCGUACUUCCAGCAGCUGGACCUCAGGAGACCUCAGUGUCGGAACGCUGGUCUCCGGAAUUCACAGGUCCAGGGCUUUCGGAGAAGGAGAACUCCUGCCUCCCCGUGCCCGCUAACCCGGAUGUGCUGGGGACCCCGCGCAGCAAACAGAAGGCCGAUUUCCGGUUCAGGCGCAGCAUGGGCUGCCCUCCAGGGCCGGGGAAAGACCGUUCAGGCGUGAAAGGAUGAGUCCGAGAUUGGGCCUCCUCUGUACAAAUACCGCCCUUGGCGCGCGCCUAUCGCGUGCCAGAUGUGAGCAGAAUGAACCUUGCAUGGGCACAGCAAAAUGCCGUGCUGAUAAUGUGCAUCCGAAACAGCCGAGCUUUCGACC